AACUUGUUUUGUUAUGUUUGCACAAGUGUUGAGAUUUAAAUGUUUGCGUUUUUAAAAGGACUUCUUGCUCCAAUGCUCGCAACAAGAUCAGUCUUAGAUCUAUAAAGGGCGUACCCUUGUAAGCUUCAUUCAGGAUGUAAUAUUAGGGUUCUACCCACCUUCUGUGAAUUAAUGGUCACAGGACCUCUAUAAACAUCUCUCUUACAUUGAUCCGAAUUCACUUCAGGCGGUCAUCAUGGCGGGAGGAUUUCUGCUGCUGAAAACCCUCCUUGUGUUUCUGUCUUUUUUACCCGGGUCACGUGGAGACAACUAUACUCUGGGUGGACUGGUUGCUUCCUCGAUUGUAACAUUCUUUGCCUUCAUCGCCAUGAUCGUAAUGUUGGUUCUUGUUAUAACCUGGAAUCAUUGGUUUCCAAAAUACCAAGCAUGGCAAGGAAAGACCAAAUCACCUAGACCAAUAAAACCUAAAUUUGAGUUUCCUAAGCUGAAUGGAGCUCAAAGUAUUCCACUAUCAACCAAAACUACGCCAUCGCGACCAGGGUCUCGCCCAUCUACACAGCGAGGCGGUACACUAACAAUGAUACAAAACGGAACCUCUAAAAAUGCUAUAUAUAAUUCUGUCUCUACAGAUCACUGGAUACAAGAAAUUCCAACACCACGUUAUGAAGAAAAGAGUAAACAAAUAAACUUCGAUGAAGAAGACGAAGAACAGGUUAUAGUAACGGAAAUCGUGACAGAUUCAAACACAACUCAUAUUCCGGUGACAACGCCACUUUCAAACCACAACCAGAAUAUCAGUCUUAACGAGACUGUCAAGGCAGAGGAAAUUCAGAUGACAUUAGAAAAACAACCUAUAGAAAGUAAGGGAACGACAAACGGGGUCAUGAACUUUCAUUUCCAAGACGACGAUGAGGCCGUGGCAAAUUUAAGCGCCAGUAGGCGGGCCCAAAACGAGGACGAAUUGAUACUGUAUUAGUUGAGUUUGUACAAUUUAUGUGAGCCAAUAAGUUUUAUAACAGCAUUCUGACGGAGAAUGGCCUUCUGCUAACUGUAAUCACAGGGGCUUGCUUCUGGCGUGUAAAAAAUAUUUAUUAAAAAAACAUACACGAUUUUCUGUUAACAUAGUAUAUCGUGUAUGUUUUUUUUAAACAAAUAUUUUUUUACACGCCAGGAGCAAGCCCCCGUGUAAUCCGAGAUUCCUCUGAUUCUAACCCCUGCUUUUAUAUAUAUUUUGACAUGUGCACAAUAUAAAAGCAGGGGUUAGAGUCAGAGGAAUCUCGGAUUAGCCCCUGUGCUGUACGUACAUUUGUAAUGAAGCUUUUCUGUAAUUAUAGCAAUUUUAUGAAGAGGAUGAAGAUAAAAAAGGAAACAUAGUAAUGUCAGUAGGAAGAGUGUCCAUAACGCGAGUAAAAGCAUUAGAAAAGUCUUUGUUGAUGCAUGCCGUCCCUUCAAGAAUAUUUCAUAUGUUCAUUUAUGGUCAUAGGGGAUAUCUUUCGUACCGGCAUCUACUGCGAUACCGGAUUUUUGUUUUAUUAUAAACCAACUUUCUCAAAAAUAUUUUUUUUUAUCGAGUUUCAAAAUUUAUUCCCCCGGUAGUCUCGGUAUUCGUAAACAUUAAUCAUAGUCAAUACAGGUUUUAUAUAAAUAUUCAAUUGAAAAAUGUUCUAUAUGUAUAAAUUCAUAGAAAUAUGGGAAAUAAGACCGACUGAUUUCGUACAUUGUAUGAAAUGUUUACACGGCUUUACUUUAAUCCUUUUGUUUUUACCCUUUUUUGACGUUUUGUCUCAUACGAUGCGUGUUCAUAAAGUUUUAUUUUAAUUACUACACAAUAUCGUUUUGUUUCCGCAAUGCCAUUGCUAAUUGUGUUUUUAAUCGGAUACAAACAUCGUAUGUAUAUAUUUUUGUAUCAAGUUUAUAUGAGUUUUAUAUUAAA